AUGGGAUAUCAACUGCGCAAGGCUGUCAUCUUAGUGUUGAGUGCAAUUUCGGCGCUGUUUCUUAUUCAAUAUCAUGUCGUUUUCCACCCACGUGUUGACGCCAAUUAUCUUCGAGCUCGCAAUCGCUCAGUGACUUUCUUUAGCAAAUAUAACUUGGUCCUCGAACCUAUAACUAACAACUUCACACCUAAUGGGAACCGCUUCUUUCUCGUGGAGUCCUCUGGCAGGUCAAUCCUAACCAGAAGAGAGAUCUGCACCAUAGAAAGUGUGGCUGCUCAUCAUCCUGAGCAUUCCGUGUAUGUCUUACUCACCACUGACUUAUUGAGGAGGACUUCAACAGCGCAACAUCUCCUUGAUAUCUACCCUAAUAUCCGCUUCCGAUUCUUGGAAUUCGAAACUUUCAUAGUGAAUUCACCUCUCCGACAUCUUUGGGAUUCGGGCCAGAUUCAACAAAGCUGGUAUAUGAUCUCACAUGUCAGCGACAUUGUGCGAUUCCUUAUCUUGUACAAAUUUGGAGGUAUUUACCUGGAUCUCGACCAACUCCUCGUUCGACCGUUACCCGAUGUUCCUAAUUUCAUCGGCAAGGAAAGCCGUUUUGUAGGGGUUGGAGUCAUGCGAUUUCGAGUGAAACAUCCGAUUCUUGGCAAGUUCGUUGAUAAACUUGGAACAUCGUUUCAAGGUCAAGAAUGGAAUGCAAAUGGUCCGGCUUUGGCGACAUCUGUUCUGGAAGACCAUUGCACCUCUUUUGAAGAUAACGUAUGCGAAGACAUCAGUAUUUUUCCCGCAAGUGCAUUUUAUCCCAUCCAUUGGACGAAUUGGAAACGAUAUUUCGCACCGGAAGAGACCGAUACUGUUUUGGAGGAACUAACCAGUGACACUUUCAGUAUUCACUUAUGGGGUAAACAGAGCUCGGAUCAACCUUUGGGAGGACGAAAUGCAUACGCAACUUUGGCGGAAAAGCAUUGUCCUGUCACAUUUUCAGAAGUAAAACAUCAGUUCAAAAUGUCUUGAAAAAAAAAUACCAUAUCAUAAUACCGACCUUCUAAGAACAAUCACGCGAGCCCAGUACACAUGCUAAAGAAACCAAGCGGCGAAUUGUGUCCAUCCGGAGAUUAUACAAACAUCUGAUGUUUAUCCUCUUCGCCAUCUUCAUGAUGUCGGUUAUAAUCUCCAUGGGACUGAUGUGAUAUUGCCAAUCUGCUUGAAAUGCGUAUAAAAAUAACCUCCCUUUAAUUGAAGAGAUCUACUUUUUUAUUUUCUUGCUUUAAUUCGAAAAGUGGCUCAGAGUUACUAUGACCAAGAGCAGGCCAAUUUGGCGGGAAGCUCGUUUGCUUGCAGCCCAUAUUUCUAGAAGUCCGUGUAUUAACAAACAUCUUCGAGCAUAUUGUAGAUCUAAAUUUAAAAAUAGACAAAACAGCCUCUUAAAUAUCAAACACCUACCACAGUUUAUAGCAUUAAUAAGCUCCACGUUGCCUCCAAGGAACUCUCCACGUCUGGCCUAUCUUGAACAAAGGUUGGGCUCCAGAGGUUUCUGGUCGAAAUUGGUUUGGCCCCCAAACAGUCCCAACCUGAAUUCCCUGUAUUUCUACUCGUACAUCUGGGGGCAUCCACAGCAAAGUGUGUAAGCUGAAGUAGGUGAGACUUGGGCCACCAUGGACAGUAAUUAAGAAAAGAAGAUUUUUGGCUACUUUGUCCUCAGACUCAAGCUCUGUGUGACCGUCCAAGGGUGGUGUAUUUGAGAAAUAUGAUUCUAUGAUAUACGCCUUUCCACUUCAAUUUUAUGCGCUA